AUGACGCAGCCUGGUCGCGAAGGUAUGGCGCGAGACAAGGUAGGUGUUAAAAAACCACGUAGCGGCACGGACAAUGGGGACGUCACGGAGGUGGCGGCCUCUGCGCCCGCACCGCACGCAAACGCCGUCACAAGGGCCACUCGAAGUAGUACCCGCACGCAGCAAGGAUCUGCGAAUCAAGAAUCCGCAAGCGCCGCUAAGAAGCUCGACCUGCCCAAGUACAAGACGAAAGUUAAAGUGAAUACGGUGGACCCCGAACCAGAUGAUGUCGUUGUCCGCGUCGCCAGAAAGAGUAAGGAUGUCUCUUUCACAUCCAUGUCUUUGAACAACCGCGCCGGACAGUCGUGCGUCGUCACCGCCAGAGAUCUUGUGACCAUCGCAGAUGGUCAGUGCCUCACCGAUGCGAUAAUCGACUUUCACAACAUAUUGUUGAGCAUCGAACAUCCACGGACCCCUAAUGGCAAGACAUGGGCGGUUAUGGACAGCAUGGCGUAUCAGUACGCCACGGGUUACAACAAGCCGUUCCAGCACGGCAAGGGGGAAAGUCUGCUCGCCGUCGACUUUCUGGCCAUACCGGUUUUCAAGGGAAACCACUACUCGCUCAUCAUCGUGUGCGAGCCGGCGAAGUUGUUCCGCAAGGACGGGGAGGGUGAUGGGGACAAGCUGCAGAUGGUCCUGUUCGACAGCGAGGGCACACAUGCCGGGGAUCCUACCGUCUUUGAUGGCGCGAAGCUGCUGCUGGAUAUCACGACAAAGCAGUUGCACCCAGAGUGCGACCACGAGCGACUUGUUUCCACGCUUUGGAGCGCGGACUGUGUGGUGAUGCAGUCAGACUUCUCAACGGUGCUGAAGUAUCUGUAUUUGGACGGCGUGAGCGGUGGCCAGUACCGCCGGCGCAUGCGUGCGGAUCUGAGCGCGCAUGCAGCUUGUGAGCUCGUACCUGCGCUGACCACACGGGGGAAGAUCGUUCCACCGCAGUAUGCACCUCGGACAUCGGAAAUCGGCGCUGUGAGGGCGUCGGACGAGGUGGACAUGAGGAGCCGUCUCGCUCAGUACCAGGUCGAGGUGUACGGACUACGGAGGGAACUUGUCAUCUGGGGCGCGGCAAUGACCGCGCUCGGGAACGCCAUGGGGUACAGCAGAGAUCAGAUGCUCGCAGCUGCCGCGUACGUGGUGAAGACGGAGGGAGGGGCUUAUCGGAGCAUUGAACCCGGGGGAUCACCCUCUACGCCGCCUCACCUGCCUACUGAGCGGACCGGUGGCCCCCUCCCCGCCGAACCCUGUGGCGUGCAAUCGUGUGCGAAGGGUGGGUUUGUGGCACACACGGAAUUGGGCGUAAUCCAUCGGCACCCCCGGCCCCUUCCUCCCUUAUCGCGUGCGUCUCCGGCCCAUGACAGUCCUGGUGGCCCGAAGACCCCUACCAACGGGAACGGUGAAGUCGGCCCGGGUGUACGUGCGACGACAGAGGUCCUGCUAGACAUGCCUGCUGCGAAAAGGGGGGAGAAGCGACCACGUGUCGAUGGCGGAAGCUUGGCAGCGGAAGGUACAACAGCCGCUGGUGGUGGGGGGGGAAGUGGUGGGUCCUCACAGUACACCGGGAGCAUGUUGGACCAUUCGGCGGGAGGAGUUCACGGGAGUUCAAACAUGGAGACAUCGGACGCGUCGAUCGAGCCCCAGCCUGCUUCCAGGUCACAGAGGGUGUCCAAGCCUCCGUCGUACCUCCGCAACGCAUACCAGCUGACUCAGAAGCGACAGCGCGGGAGGAAAGCGGAGCGAUCGGUUGCAGUGCCAGCCAAGCGCGCCAGGGUGACGAAGGCGAAGGGGGUUCCUCUGAAUGCAUCCGCUGCGCCAGAGACUUCAGUGGCGGAGGCACCUCAGGCAGAGGUGGAGAUAAGCGUCGGUGCGGGCGAUGAGGACAUCGAGAGUGAGAGCGAGGCACGCCCGGCGCCCUCCCGGUCGAAGAACUUGGCCUCUGUGAUGGCAGAGUCACAGGCGACUGCCACCACCAGGCCCCGUCCUCCGCCCGUGCGUGUGCCGGACAACCCUUUUGUGGCCAUGCCUGUAGCUGGGUCGUCUCGUGACCCGACAGCGCCCGGGGAGGAGACACACAUUCUGAUUAGUCGCGCGGAGUUCGAGGCCUUGAAGAAGGCGCAAGAAGCGAGCGCGCGCACCGUGGCCCGUCUUGAAGAGGAGCUGAGGUCUGCUAAGGCUGUGCAGGCGCGUGCACCCCCUCGCAGGCCGGACGAGCAUGUCUCGGGGAGCGGUGGUGCUUCUGGUCGGAAGCGGAAGCGUCGGGAAGAACUCGCCGAUGAGGAGACAUCCGACGAGGAGAGCGAGGAUGAGCCACCCACCAAGAGGGGGCAUCUGAGGGUGUCCAAGUCACCGGUCCUGCAGCGGGCGCUGAAUUUUCUGCCCGCAAACAAGUCGUGGAAGCGCGCGUGCGACCUGGUGAAAGAUUACCUCUUCUUUGAGAAGGAGAACGCCCGGAUCACGUUCUAUCCGAGCAGCGACGACAAGACGGUGGGAGUGUGUGCAGUGAUCGAGCGCCUGCCUUUCGAUUUCGCGACACUUGCUCUGGCUGCGGACAAGGCAAGACGGUCGGAUUUGAACAAGGCCCUUAGCGAGUGGAAGUCGGGCGCAGCAGGAAGGACGCGGGACAUCUCGUGUCCACGGAUGGGGCUUUUCCGCGACGAGCGAGAUACGCGCAGCCCAUGGGCCACGAAGAAGGACCGUACUCUGGAGGAGAUACGAUCGCAUUAUGGGCUGCUGCUCGGCGUUGACGAUCCCCUGGCAUUGUCCAAGUUUGGGAACGAUCGGGAGGGGAUGCCGUUCGCCUCUGGCGCAUUCGUGGCAUGCGCGGUUGCGGCAUUCAAGCCGAAGAAGGUGGUCGGGCCACUGACGGUGAAGCUUUACCACCUGGCGUGGCUGGAGCAUGUGGCCGCGUCCACACGUUUGGACUCAUUUCCGCCCCUGCUUCCCCUCAUUUCCGCCCCUGCUUCCCCUCCUUUCCCCCCACGCAUCCCCUCAUUUCCGCCCCUGCUUCCCCUCAUUUCCGCCCCUGCAUCCCCUCAUUUCCGCCCCUGCUUCCCCUCCUUUCCCCCCACGCAUCCCCUCAUUUCCGCCCCUGCAUCCCCUCAUUUCCGCCCCUGCUUCCCCUCCUUUCCCCCCACGCAUCCCCUCAUUUCCGCCCCUGCAUCCCCUCAUUUCCGCCCCUGCUUCCCCUCCUUUCCCCCCACGCAUCCCCUCAUUUCCGUCCCUGCAUCCCCUCAUUUCCGCCCCUGCUUCCCCUCCUUUCCCCCCACGCAUCCCCUCAUUUCCGUCCCUGCAUCCCCUCAUUUCCGUCCCUGCAUCCCCUCAUUUCCGCCCCUGCUUCCCCUCCUUUCCCCCCACGCAUCCCCUCAUUUCCGCCCCUGCUUCCCCUCCUUUCCCCCCACGCAUCCCCUCAUUUCCGCCCCUGCAUCCCCUCAUUUCCGUCCCUGCCUCCCCUCCUUUCCCCCCUUGCUUCCCCUCCUUUCCCCCACUUCUUCCCCUCCUUUCCCCCACUGCUUCCCCUCCUUUCCCCCACUGCUUCCCCUCCUUUCCCCCACUGCUUCCCCUCCUUUCCCCCACUGCUUCCCCUCCUUUCCCCCACUGCUUCCCCUCCUUUCCCCCACUGCUUCCCCUCCUUUCCCCCACUGCUUCCCCUCCUUUCCCCCACUGCUUCCCCUCCUUUCCCCCACUGCUUCCCCUCCUUUCCCCCACUGCUUCCCCUCCUUUCCCCCACUGCUUCCCCUCCUUUCCCUCACUGCUUCCCCUCCUUUCCCCCACUGCUUCCCCUCCUUUCCCCCACUGCUUCCCCUCCUUUCCCCCACUGCUUCCCCUCCUUUCCCCCACUGCUUCCCCUCCUUUCCCCCACUGCUUCCCCUCCUUUCCCCCACUGCUUCCCCUCCUUUCCUCCACUUCUCUGCCUCGCCUUUCACCCCCGUGCUUCCCCUCCUUUCCCCCACUGCUUCCCCUCCUUUCCUCCACUUCUCUGCCUCGCCUUUCACCCCCGUGCUUCCCCUCCUUUCCCCCACUGCUUCCCCUCCUUUCCUCCACUUCUCUGCCUCGCCUUUCCCCCCCGUGCUUCCCCUCCUUUCCCCCACUGCUUCCCCUCCUUUCCUCCACUUCUCUGCCUCGCCUUUCCCCCCCGUGCUUCCCCUCCUUUCCCCCACUGCUUCCCCUCCUUUCCUCCACUUCUCUGCCUCGCCUUUCACCCCCGUGCUUCCCCUCCUUUCCCCCACUGCUUCCCCUCCUUUCCUCCACUUCUCUGCCUCGCCUUUCAUCCCCGUGCUUCCCCUCCUUUCCCCCACUGCUUCCCCUCCUUUCCUCCACUUCUCUGCCUCGCCUUUCCCCCCCGUGCUUCCCCUCCUUUCCCCCACUGCUUCCCCUCCUUUCCUCCACUUCUCUGCCUCGCCUUUCCCCCCCGUGCUUCCCCUCCUUUCCCCCACUGCUUCCCCUUCUUUCCUCCACUUCUCUGCCUCGCCUUUCCCCCCCGUGCUUCCCCUCCUUUCCCCCACUGCUUCCCCUCCUUUCCUCCACUUCUCUGCCUCGCCUUUCCCCCCCGUACUUCCCCUGCUUUCCCCCGCUGAUUCCCCUCCUUUCUUCUCCUCAUCCCUCCUCACCCCAUCCUUUCUUCUCCUCAUCCCUCCUCACCCCAUCCUUUCCUCUCCGCAUCCCUUCUCACCCCAUCCUUUCUUCUCCUCAUCCCUCACCCCAUCCUUUCUUCUCCUCAUCCCUCCUCACUUUUCUUCUCCGCAUCCCUUCUCACCCCAUCCUUUCUUCUCCUCAUCCCUCACUCUACCAACUGGUUAUUGA